UGAGGGGGGAAAGCGGCGGCGCUGGCGGCGGCGGCCGGGGGGAAAGCAGCACUCGGGCCAGGGCCGAGCUCCCUCCGGCGGGCCCGCCAUGUGAGGAGACCCCGACGCCCCUCAGGUUACACCUUGGGCCAGGAGACAUGGACAGCAGCAGCUUCAUCCAGUUCGACGUUCCCGAGUACAGCAGCAGCGUCCUGAGCCAGCUGAACGAACUCCGCCUGCAGGGCAAGCUUUGCGACAUCGUCGUGCACAUCCAGGGCCAGCCGUUCAGAGCUCACAAGGCUGUCUUAGCCGCCAGCUCUCCCUACUUCCGCGACCAUUCGGCGUUGAACACCAUGAGUGGCUUGUCAAUCUCCGUCAUUAAAAACCCCAGCGUCUUCGAGCAGUUGCUUUCUUUUUGCUACACUGGAAGGAUGUCUCUGCAGCUGAAGGACGUGGUCAGCUUCCUCACCGCAGCCAGCUUUCUCCAGAUGCAGUGCGUCAUCGACAAGUGCACUCAGAUCCUGGAAAGCAUCCAUUCGAAAAUCAGCGUCGGGGAAGUUGACUCGGUGACGAUCGGCGCCGAGGAUCCCUUGGAGAACCACAACGGCAUGAAGGAGAGCGGCUAUUUUGCCAACCCCAUUGAGAUUUCCCCUCCUCCCUACUGCGCUCAGGGCCGCCCACCGGCUUCAGGGAAUGAUCUCCGAAUGGAAACGACACCGGUCAACGCUCUCCGCGGCCGCCUGCAAGAAGAAGGCCACUCGGACCGGGGUAGUAGCGGUAGCGUUUCGGAAUACGAGAUUCAAGUCGAAGGAGACCACGAGCAAGCGGAGCUGAUCAUUAGAGAGAGCCAAGCUGCCGAGGUGAAAGUCAAAAUGGAAAAAUCCGACCGGCCCAGCUGCUCGGAUAGCUCUUCACUUGGCGACGACGGAUACCACACGGAAAUGGUGGACGGAGAACAAGUGGUAGCCGUUAACGUGGGGUCGUACGGCUCCGUCUUGCAAAAUGCUUUCUCGUAUUCCCAGGGAACCUCGCAGUCUGCUAACGUCUCCGAAUCCUUCAGCAGCCUGAGGAGCUCCGGCAAUUCGAGGUCUAUGCUCGGCUCCUACCGAGGCCGUGGCCGUCAAAAGCGAAUCUCCACCAGCCACUUGCACAGCGACAUUUCCAGCCUGGUGUCGGGAACCGACGGCGAGCCUUCCGCCCAUCAGCCGGGCUACGAGAGCGGCCCGCGGGAAAGGAAUUCCAGAGGCCACUGGUACGCCUACAGCGAACGGCUGAUCUGCAUCUACUGCGGGAAGUCCUUCAACCAGAAGGGCAGCCUCGAUCGGCACAUGAGGUUACACAUGGGCAUCACGCCUUUCGUGUGCAAGUACUGCGGGAAGAAAUACACCCGCAAGGAUCAGCUGGAGUACCACAUCCGCGGCCACACCGACGACAAGCCUUUCCGCUGCGAAGUCUGCGGGAAGUGCUUCCCUUUCCAAGGGACCUUGAACCAGCACUUGAGGAAGAAUCAUCCCGGCGUGGCCGAAAUCCGAAGCCGGGUGGAAUCGCCCGAAAGAACAGAAGUCUACAUGGAACAGAGAGACGACGAUGCUUCCGCGCCCGAGACUCUGGAUUAUACCAUGGAUGUGCACACCCCCGAUUAAAAACACCUGAGGCCGUUUCCCUCUCUCCACGCAACUCGAGCAAAGCACACGUUCCUUCUUUGUUCCUUCGAUCGCUUUCACCAGUUAUAAUGGGUUGGUUUUUUUUUUCCCCCCCUCCUAAAUUUUAGUCGUCCUUGCGGGUGUGUCUCCGGAGCAAAACCCUGCUUGUUUCGUUUGCAAGAAAAAAAAAAGCAGGGUGAGCUUUACUCCCAAUAUACCAUCUAGGGAAAUGACGUGCUCGCCGAUGGCGGGGCGAGCUUUGUCAGCUAAAGAUGUGAUGACAACAGGGACAGUGCAGGCUUAUUCACCAACGCGUCGCGUUCUGGGGAGCCCACGAGCAGGCAGGCUUCCUUGGAUGUGAGUCUUGUAUUCAGUUAGGACUUUUAUUUCAAUUUGAUCAAAGUGGCAUAGCUCAAAAGAUAUACAUAUGCCUCUCAGCUGCGCUCGUUUUAUUUUGUCAUAUAACAACGUGGGUUCAAGAAAGUUUUUUUUUGUUAGUUUGUUUCUUUUCUUUGUGGAAUAACUAUUUUGAUAGCUUUGAAUUUUAUAUAAUAUAUAUAUAUAUAUAUACCGUAUUUUUCGGCGUAUAAGAUGCACCUACCUUUUUUGGUGAGGAAAAGAAGAAAAAGAAAUCUCCUCCUGCCUCUGAACAAUUGUGCCUCCUUGCAGCAAACAGCCUGCUUUACUUUCUUUUUCGUUUUCAGCAUAGCUUGAUUAGCACAAGGGGAAAAAAAAUCUGCUCCAGCAAUUUACCUCUUGGCAGCAAGCAGCAGAGCCCUGCGCAAAACAGCUGAGAGCAAAUCAGCUGAGAGUCGGGAGGCCAAUCCAAUCAACUUGUGCUAAUUAGGCUGUGCUGAAGCUGAAAGGAGCUGUUUCUUCUUGCUGUUUGCUUGCAAGGAAGUAACUGCUGCGAGGCAGAGGCCAAAGAGUGAGGGCCAGUGGGUGGGCGGGGCUACAUUUGGUGUAUAAGACGCACCUAAAUUUUUCCCCUUUUAGGGGGGGAAAAAGGUGCAUUUUAUACUCCGAAAAAUACGGUAUAUAUAAACACUUAUAAAAGGUUCGGGGUUUUUUUUUCCUCUUCUGGUUGGUGAGGGGUGAAUGUAGAAUAUCUUAAAUAAAUUUUAAAAAGAACCCUGUUGACGAUAAGGCUUUCAAACUUGUAAGUCCCCCAGCCAGGAUUUUGUUCAAGAAACAUUGGUUGGUUAGUUUUUUUCACUUUGUGCAAAUAUGAUGUCUGGAAGCAAGCAAAGUAUAACUUUUUUUUUUACUAUAACUUUGCUCCAUAGCGUAUAAAAACCAAAUGCCAUAAACGUAUUAAUUUGGGGCGUUUUUUUUGUCCAGAAUCCCAAACUGGACAACUUUGGUGCUGACCUCCCCCAUUUUUAUAGGAACUAAAAAAAAUGUAUUGUUGUAUUAGCCCACACAGAAUAUAGGAUUGUGGUUUUAACUAUUUUUUACUCUCCUCAGAAUCUACCUUCAUUUCGUACUGUAAAAAGGCAGAUCAGGUUAAAAUCAUGUUUUACAUUAAUCGCUCUGGAUGGUUCAAACGGUCAGCUUAACAGUGGAUUAAAAAAAAGGAUGUUGUAUUUGAAUCUACAAUAUUUCAGUGCAGUAUUUGUAAUGGACCUCUUCAGGUACACCUUAACCUUCAUACUUAAGUGUUUUCAAAUGAAACAGUUGAUUUUUUAAAAAAACUUUUUUUGUAAUGAUAUUAUAUGGGAAACAAUGAGCAAUAUAUCUUAUUGUAUUAGAGAGGCUUCUUUUAGCUUCUCCGUAACAGUGGCUAAAUCAGUAUUUUUCACAGGAGAGCCAAUAACAAAUAUCCUGUUUUCUCUGCUUUUCAGAUGUUUGAUAACUUUUCAAAAGUGGUGCUAACUUUUUUCUUCCCCCUUAACCUACAGCGUAGAAAAUGUGAAACUUUUAAACUGGUAGUAAAACCUUUUUACCUUCCCGCUUAAGAUUUUGCUUUCCUGAAACAGACCUCAAAAGAGCAUAAGCUGGCAAACUUGACUGUAUUAAAAAAAAAGAAUUCUAUACAGCGGGGAAAAUGACGGAUUUCGUUCAAUCGUUUUAAAGCAUGUUGACGUUCAGCGGAAUGAGCGGCGUUUUGAUCGGUGUUUUCGCUUUUACGGGAAACUUGAGUCUCCCGAAUUGCUCUCCUUUUGCUGGGAUUAUUAGUGGCGGCUUCGAUUUCUGAUACAGAGGCGUAGACAGUAGGGUUAACUAGGUUGAGCAGAAGGAAAGAUGGAUGGUGCUUGGUUUGAAGGGUGCUCGGGACUCCGGUGUCUAUGGAGCUUCUCCGUCGUCCAGGUCCUGAUUGUCCCAAAGAUGCCUUUUCAAGAGGCUGUUGGACUUCUUUGGUUUUCAGAAAGUCCCAGUUCCUUCUUGAAAAAACAACUUUGGGACUCAGAACUCCAGUUUUCUCUUUCUAUGUGCCUAUAACCCAUGGCAGCACGGCCAUGCUAUUCCUAGUUAAACGAAACUACGGUUUCUCCAAUCUUCCCAAUAUAUGCUGCUUGAACAGGGGUGGGACAGACGGAUGUCCUGCCUCUCCACCUCUCUCUCUCUGCCAAGCCUGGAGGAUUGCAUGACCACUUCGCCGAUUUUAAGGAUUUUUUUUUUUAUAUCGUCGUGCACGCUGUUACAUUUCAAUCUGAGCCUUCGCUUUUAAUUCCAGGGUGACUCCUUAAAGCUUCUCACAACUGUGAAUUUUUUUGUUUUUUUUAAAGGCCUGGCUUUUCUCAAAUGAGGGGCCGUAAUCCGCCGGCGGGAUUCUCCAUUCCGCCGAGGCGCCCUGUCAAAAGAGAUAACGUGAAUAUCUAUCGGGGUUUUAAACACUGAAACACUGAACACAGCUGGGCUAAUGCAGAGGAAAGCUAAGACAGGAGGGCCCUGAAAAUUACCUUUCAAAGGGAGUGCAGGCGACAUCUACAAUCUUGCCAUUUUUUUUUUCCCCCCGAAUUGCGGGUUUCAAAAAAAUACUGCUGGUUCCGCAGGGGUCAUCAAGAUGACAGCUUUGCUAUUUAUUUAUAUAUCUUAGACUUUAAGGAAAGCAGAGAAUAGAUCUUUGCAGUGUUUCAGAGGGAAAUGUGUCGUUACAGCAGUGUGACAAAAAUCUGCAGUACAUCACGUCUACUCCGUGAGUGGAGUUAAAACUAACAAGUAUAUAUAUAUAUAAUCAGCCUCUUCCUCUUCAACCUCUCUUAGAGAUACUUUCUUCUGUCACCAUCUCAAACCAGCUCUUUUAUUUCCUUUUUUCCCGGCCUUUGGGAUCCAAAGAGCCCGCUCACCCUCAAACAAACUUCCAUAUAUUUAUUGCGUGUCUCCUCCUCUUUUCUUCUGCCCUCCCUUCAUCUCCUUUGGACAUCAGGAAAUUACAGGCAGAAAUUACAGACUUACGGCCACAAUUGAGCCCCUCAUUUCAGUUGCUAAGCGAGACCGUUGUUGAGUGAAUUUUGCCCCAUUUGACGACUUCCCUUUACCACCGUUAUUCAGUGAAUUCCCGCAAUUGUUAGGUUAUUAACGAGGCUGUUAAGUCAAUCUGGCUUCUGCGUUGACUUUGCUUGUCAGAAGGUCGCGAAAGGAAGAGAGGUGUGUGUGGUUGUGACACUGCAACCGAUAUAAAUAUGAGCCAGCUGUCCAAAGCGUCCGAAUUUUGAUCCAGAGGGAUGCUGCAACUGUCGUAACUGUGAGAAACGGUCGUAAGUCACUUUUACCAGCGCCGUUAUCACUUCAAACGGUCAGUAAGCAAACUGUUGAAAUGUCGAGGCCAACCUGUAGUGUACAAUGGGGGCAGGACACUUCUGCCCACCUAGCGGUUUGAAAGCAUGCCGAUGUGAGUAGAUAAACAGGUACCACUUCGGUGGGAAGGUCACAGCGUUCUGUGCGCCUAUGUCGUACAGCCACGCUGGCCCCAUGGCCAUGGAAAAUGUUUUCGGACAGCGCUGGCUCCCUCCGCCAAGAAACGGAGACGAGCACCGCACCUUAAACUCGGACACGACUGGACAGGGAAACCUCUACCUUUACCUUUGCUGGGAGGAGAAAGAUUACAGGUUUCUGGCAAGGUGGAAUUGGCAAGAUGCCCACAAUGGGCACCAGAAGAAAAAAAAAACAAAAAAAAAGCGAUUUUCACACUUCCAUAGGGCAACUUCGGUUCCCAGGCUUCCGCGAGGGCAUCGGUGUCCAUUCAGGCAUCCUCUUAACGCUUCUUAAGACCUACCUUUCCGCCCAAGGAACAAAACCGGUUUUUUAAUUGCUUUGCCGAGGUUUUCUUAACAAAAAGUCCAGCUGCGUAAAUUAAUCCCGACCUUUUUACGGCAAACCUCUGUUGCGGUGCCUUUAAUGCCUUUAAUCCAUAGUAGUCGGGAUUAAAGGGGGGUGAAAAAAAAGAGUACGGUUAAUUUUCUGUUCUGCGGUCUUAGCCCUCUCUCGGUCCUUCCUUCCGAGGUAUCAAAUACUGUUUGUUUGUUUAUUUUUAAGCUGUAAACUUGAGCUGGUUUGAGUUUACCAAAGAGUGAUGUAUCCAAAAGGUCUACCUUGUUUUUUUUAAUUAUGCAGAUUUCAUAACUCGGGGGGGGGGGCAUAGUUAGUGUUAACCCGCCUAAGCGUUUGCCCAUCCGAUGACAGCCUUCUUUUAAAAGGUUUUUUUUCAGUCCUUCCUUCGUAUGCUUGCUUGUGCUGAUAGGUUCUUUUCCUCUUUGCUAGGGUUAAAAAAAAUGAUCAAGCCAUAAUAUAGUACUGUAUAAAUCAGAGAGCUUCAUCGGAGAUGGCAACUGUAGGAAGCCAAGGACCUGCAUAAAGUUAAAUCAACGUAUUUUUCAACAGUUUUCAGUAAGAUUUAAAAGCGUGGCAGGGCAGGAUGUAUACAGUGAAUUUCUGCUCUGGUUCUGCCACCAGGCAAACAUCCAGCACAGACCAAACGUCCGCAGGGAAGAAAAAUAUCUGGAAAUUUUAAUAAUAUUGACUAAUUUAAUUCCUCACUCCUGUCAUAACAUGGUCCAUAUCCCCCUUUCCCCAUUCCUGACGCCAGUGUUUUUCAACCUUGGCCACUUUAAGAUGCUUGGACUUCAACUCCCAGAAUUCCCCAGCCGGCGUGAAUUCUGGAAAUUGAAGUCCAGGCACCUUGAAAUGGUCACCAUUGAGAAACGCUGCCUUAAGUGUGUUUCAGAAGCUGCACCAAUCUUGCUGCAUUCAGGUUGACUCUCUAAUAGCAGAUAACUGUAGUUAUUUUAGCCGGCCACUCUACCCCUUGUUAAGGAUUUCAAGUCCUACAAUUUCCAGCUGCUGAAAAGUUGAGACGAACGAUUCUACUGAUAGAAGAGGAGAAUAUUUGUAGCUCAGGGUUGGACUGUUGGGGACUUCGGUGCUCUCUGAGCUUAGGUGUUUCCCUACAGACGUUUCACGACCCAACUAGCUAACAUCAUCAGCGUUAGAAGGGGUGGGUGGGUGAACCAUUCUGCGCAAAGCCUCAGCAGCAAAAUAAGCAGUUGUGUUGAGCUUUCCAGAUACCCGUGACUGGCCCUUUGCACAAAAUGCAUUGUGCGAAGCAGCCCUCGUGCGUCUUCCUCAGAUUUUGCUCUACUGUUUCCCCCGGAAUACUGCAAGGUGACAGGCCUCAAAUCUAGCCACAAUCCCUAAAUCGUGCCUUUUUGCACCGUGUUUCCAUUACAAUGUGUGGGGCGUACACCUUCUUACUCUUUUGAAGCUCGGACCUUAUCCUCACCUAGGUGCAAAGCAUGCAGGGAGCCAAGUUGUACUGCUGACUUGACAGUGUUUAAAUUAAUCCAGAAUUGCAAGUUCAUUUCAUUGCUAAUAACGCAGGAAUUAAGGAAGUCAGCGAGACAGCUAUAUGGAACUUGGGGUUUCGAUAUGUGAAAUCGUAGAAAAUUGGUUCAUAAUUUGAGUCUCUUUAAUCUACCUUUUUUAGCUACGUAGACAAUGUGAAAAAUAAAAUAGUGACAAUGUCCUUUGUUUAUAUGUUUUAACCUAUUUACAUACUGUGAAAACGAAUUUUUAUACUUUUGCUAAUGUUUGUGGUUUUAAAUAGCAACUGAAUUUUUUUUUUUCCUAACCAGUUUAACUCUUCCAUAUAAUUUCUAUUGAGCUUGUAAAUAAACUAAGGUGUGUUGUGGGUGGGGAAAGCUUUGUAAAUAAGUGGGUUUGUUUUUUUUUUUAAAAGCAACAGAACACCUCACAAUUGGUUCUGUAUUCAAGAAUGAAUGCUUUCUAGUGACAGGAAGGAUAGUUUUAGAAAAUUUGCCGCAAGACAAGGAGAUUUAGGGAAUUGCAAUAGUCUUCACCUUUUCAUAUAUAUCGCACGCAUGUUUCACAGGAGAAAUUAACUUGGAAAUCCUGGCCAAAAGUGAGAUCAGGUUCAUCACACCUCAUCUCUUAAACCACGGUUCAUCCUGGACCUCUGCUCCCCUGCUCCAUUCCGAAGUGGGACUGAGAAAGAACCAACCAGUCGUACCAGGUAUUUACCCAAGUGCUCAGAUUCGUUGGGUGUAAAAAUUCCCAUCGUCCCCACCAAGCUUCUACUCGGUUGGCUGGGAAGCAGGGAAAUUGAAGUCCAACGUAAGAUUGGAGAAGGCUGAAGGUUAUCAAGGGCAGAGAGUGAAGAUUUUAUCUCAGCCUUCUCUUUGGUAUGCACGCUUGUUCAGCCUGAACUGAUUUUAUUUUUUAUUAUUUUUUUUCUCAAGUCCCUUACAAACUCGCAGGAUAAAUGGAAGACAUCAAGGAGAUUUUUUCCUUCUGUUCUUAAAUAGAAUUGUGUUAUCUGAAGCAGUUGUUCUGAGCUCUACCAUAUAGGAAGGCCGCAGGAUUUCUUUUCUUUUACAUCAAGGGCUGGGGGUGGGUGGGGAAACGAGGGUGUGUUUGAGCUUUAUCUUUCGGCGGAUAUCUCUUAUUUGAAAUAUACGUUAAGUUUACUGUGACUUCUUUUUUUUUUUUUUUUUUCGUCGUUUAUCGGAAGGGGUUUCACAUUGAAGCCACUGCAAAAAAGGGACUCAAAUAUGCAACACCUAAUCUAUUUUCUAAGGGGAAUUCUACCCUGGAAUGGUGCUUUUAAGACUGGUCAGGGUUAUUUAUUAAAUUUUUUAUAUAUUUUAAAGUAUUUGGGAAUCGUGUAAAUCCUUUAUAUAAAUAUAAAUAAAUAUAUAUAUAGAUAUAUAUAGAUAUAUAUAUGAAUCUAUAUUAGUUCAUGAACUGUAAGGAGCCGGAGUAAGGCUCGGCAACUGAACCCCAAAGUUCAGUGAAGUCAUUCAGAAUGUUCAGCAAUCAUCAUUUCAUCAAAUCGCUCGGCAGAGAAUUCAAAUGUCUUCACGCGAAAAUGGAAUUAUGCAAGUUCACACAAAGACUUGGAGGAGAUACGCCAUUAGAGGUAGUCCUUGACUUACGGACCGCAAUUGGAGGCAGAAUUUCUGUCGCUGAGGGGAAAUGGCGGUGCACUGAGCUGCUCCCAAUUUUCUUGCCCCGGUUGUUAAAAGUGAAACGCACAGUCAUUAAGCAGAUCCAGCUUUCCCCAUUGACUCGGCUGGUCAGAAGCCAGCUGGGAAGGUCACAACUGGCGAUCACGUGACACGCCCCAUUCUCGAGGCGGUGCAACCGUCAUACAAAUUCAUACUGGUUGCCUAGCGCCUGAAUUUUAAUCCCACGACCCUGGAGGUGUUAACGGCGGUCGUAAGUGGGAGGACCAUUCACCUUUUUUUGGUACCAUUGUAACUUCCAAACGGUCACUAAACGAAUGGUUGUAAGUCAAGGAUUACCUGCAGCUAUCUGGUUGUUUCGAAGAUAACGGUAGCCUCGUUGGGUAUAUUGUUAGAAUUUCGAAACGGUUCUGGAAGAAGCUGGGCAGUAGUUUGAGCAUUUUUAGAACUCUCCUUUUCUCAGAUUGUCAGCUGUGCCAAACCCAAUGAAUUUACAAUUGCUUUUUGCAUCUUUCCUGCCCUUUCCUUUCUCAGGGCAGUGAGAUGCCCUCUUUGCUGACACCUGAGGGCACGUUCUGGAACAGAUCAUCAGACUUCAGCUUUUCUCCCUUAAACGCGACGAGCAUCUGCCAGUUCUUCAGACUCAACCGUUACCAAUCGAAGACAGAGGUGACCAAUCUUGGCAACGUUAAAAACCGGUGGACUUCCAACUCCCAGAAUUCACCGGGCGGCAAUUUGCCAAGGUUGGACGCCCCAUGAUCUAGAACAGGGGUGUCAAAUUCUAUUUGCGUGACGGCGAACCUAUGACAUGUGUGCCGGAAGUGGCACGCAGAGCCAUAUCUCCGGGCACACGAGCUGUCAUCCGUUGCUCCUCCAGGUGCUCCGGGCAGCUGCUCCUCCGGUUUGUGGCACAUGUGGGCACAUGCACGCGCACACACACAUGCUCCCGUUUCGGCACUUGCUGCCAAAAAGGUUCGCCAACACUGCUCUAUUUCAUUGAAGGCCGCAUCAGGGUUGUGUUUGACUUUGGAGGGCGUGUGGCCAGGGAGGCAUGGACAAGUUUGAAGUCACUCGUGUCGGCGCCUAUGGCGGCCCGAGCACUCUGCAGUGAAAACGGACUCCCAAACUCCAUUUCCUGCCACGACGGCCUCCUGCAACCCUCUGCCAACUGCGUGCGGCCCUCCCGAGCUCUGUUUCAGUUGGCAGAGGGACUGCAGGCUGGUUCUUCGCUGUUUCCAGAGCGGCCAGAUCUAAGCACCCCGCGGACCAGAUCUGACCCCCGGGCCUUGAGUUUGACACCCCUGAUCUAGAAAUAUGGCUCUAUAUUUUCCAACCUUCUAUCUCCCCUGCCGUUUGCGUGCUCUAAAUCUUUUGCAGGCCAGACGAAGGGAGUUACCAGAUUACUUUGCAACUCGCCCCAUUAGCUAUAACCAUGUCGCGCAGUCUGACUUUCUCUGUUCUAGAACAUGCCUUCUAACCAGGUCUCCACGUGGAAAGUCAAGAUCUCUUUUGAACUUUGCAAAAUAUAUAUAUAUAUAUCACUUGUUCACUCCUCUUUGGCUCAGACAAGUAACUCGCAAGAGAUUUGCAUGAUGUCAGUGCAUUGGCAAAUGGCAUUUUUAAGUAACUUCCUAUCAAGAGCCUCUCGCUUUUGAUGUCCUCAUCCAUAGUUGAAUGCUUUGAAUGACUUACCUCAGUGUCAAUAUUUUGCAAUAUUAAACCGGUAACCUCACAAACUCCACACACUUCAUCGAUGACGUGAAGUAAAUGAAACGGAAUGCUCUUAAAGCAACUAAACUUGCCAUUAAGGAUUAUUUUAUAGCAUGAGAUAUUUUAGAAUAUUUAUUCAAAUGAUAUUUUACUCUUAUACUCAGAUGGUUUUUUUUUUUUUUUUCGUUUUUGGUGUUUUUUUUUUCUUUU